AUGCGCAACAACAACUUCAUCUACAACAACAACUUCAACAAGAGCAACAACUUCAACAAGACAGAUUGGAGGAUAAAAAAGAUGUUUCUUGAGCAACAACUUCAACAAGGCAGAGUGCAGGAUAAAAAAGAAAAUAUGCUGGAAACGUUGACGAACUAUGAUAACCAGCCAGGAAAAAAUUCACAACAACAACAAACUCAACAACAACACAAACCAGCACAUAUACAACAGCAACAACAACUUCAACUACAGCAACAAAAAAAUCAACAGCCACAACAACAGCAGAAAGUGGAGGCAGAAAAAGAACAACCACGGCUUCAGCAAACACUUAUCCGCUAUCAAACACAACAAACCAAGCUAAAAAUUGAGAAACCACGCACUGCAAUUAAAGAUAAAGUCGACGAAUUGAAUUUUUGCAUCCAGCCAGCACAACAACAAACUCAACAACCACAACACGAACAACAAAACGAAAAAGCUCAAAUACAACAACUUCAACACGAGCAACAACAACAUCAACAAGACAGAGUGGAGGCCGAAGAUGAAUUUUUUUCAUGGUUAGAAGAUCUGCCUGAAGCGUUGACAAAUUACGAUAUCUAG